CGGAGCUGGGGGCCUCCGCCAGCUCCCGGUGCGCGCCCCCGACCCGCAGCCAUGGAGCCCUGGGCGCCCGGCGUCGCCCUGACCCUGUGCCUCUGGCUAGCGGCCUGCGGGGGCUGCGUGGCGGCCGGGCCCGGCGCGGCGCGGCGGCUGGACGAGUCGCUGGCGGCCGGGAGCGUCCAGCGCGCCCGCUGCGCCUCCAGGUGCCUCAGCCUGCAGAUCACGCGCAUCUCCGCGUUCUUCCAGCACUUCCAGAACAAUGGUUCCCUGGUUUGGUGCCAGAAUCACAAGCAAUGUUCUAAGUGUCUGGAGCCCUGCAAGGAAUCGUGGGACCCACGGAAACAUCAGUGCCGAAGUUUCUGUGAGCCUCUCUUCCCCAAGAACUACGAGUGCUUGACCAGCUGCGAGUUCCUCAAGUACAUCCUGGCGGUGAAGCAGGAAGACUGCCCGGCCCCCGAGAAAGCCAGCGGGUUUGCUGCCGCCUGUGUGGAAAGCUGCGAAGUGGACAGCGAGUGCUCUGGGGUGAAGAAAUGCUGCUCCAAUGGCUGUGGACACACCUGCCAAGUGCCCAAAAUGCUGUACAGAGGUGUGCCUCUGAAGCCCAGGAAGGAGUUACGAUUUACAGAACUGCAGUCGGGACAGCUGGAGAUUAAGUGGUCCUCGAAAUUCAAUAUUUCAAUCGAGCCUGUGAUCUAUGUGGUACAGAGAAGAUGGAAUUAUGGAAUCCAUCCUAGCGAAGACGAUGCCACACAGUGGCAGACCCUGGCCCAGACCACAGAUGAGAGGCUUCAACUGGCUGACAUCAGACCCAGCCGGUGGUACCAGUUCCGAGUAGCUGCCGUCAACGUGCACGGGACCCGAGGGUUCACUGCCCCCAGCAAACACUUCCGCUCCUCCAAAGAUCCAUCUGCGCCCCCCGCCCCAGCUAACCUCCGGCUUGCAAAUUCCACCACGAACAGUGAUGGCAGUGUGACUGUGACGCUGGCUUGGGAACCCUCAGAGGAGCCAGAUGUACCAGUGCACCACUACAAGGUAUUUUGGAGCUGGACAGUCAACAGCAAGUCACUCGUCCCAACUAAAAAGAAGCGGAGAAAGACGACGGAUGGGUCUGAAAAUUCUGUGGUCCUCGAGAGGCUUCAGCCAGACUGCAGCUACCUGGUGGAGCUGCAGGCCAUCGCGAACUGGGGACAGACCCGCCUGAAAAGUGCAAAGGUGUCUCUUCAUUUCACGUCCACACAAACAACCCACAAUAAAGAAGAACUGGAGAAAACUAGAAAAGGUGUGAUUCCAAUACAGUCCCCUUUUCAAAAACGACGGCCCUCACAGCUCCUGGAAAUCGGAGUUCCAGUCUAUCAAGACAACCAACUGCAAGUCAAGGUCUACUGGAAAAAGACCAAAGAUCCCAGUGUCCACCAAUACCAUGUGCAGUGGUUUCCAGAAUUAUGUUCCCACAACGAGACAACUGGAUCGGAGAAAUCUUCGGGCAUGACCCACGAAAAUUAUAUAAUUCUUCAAGAUCUGUCAUUUUCCUGCAAAUAUAAGGUGACUGUCCAACCCAUACGGCCGAAGGGCCGUUUGAAGGAGGAAACUGUCCUCUUCACUACUCCACCGUGCUCUGCUUUCAAGGGGAGAAGCCACAAGCCUGUCAGUUGCCCUGGUGAAGCAGGUCAUCUUCUUUCCCAAGUGCUCACCAAGCCGGAGAACCUGUCUGCUUCAUUCAUUGUCCAAGAUGGGAAUGUCACAGGCCACUUUUCCUGGAAGAUGGCCAAGGCAAACCUCUACCAGCCCACGACUGGGUUUCAAGUGACUUGGGCUGAGCUCACCACAGAGAGCCGACAGAACAGCCUACCCAACAGCAUCAUUUCACAGUCCCAGAUCCUGCUGUCUGAUCGUUACCUCCUGACUGUGCCCAACCUGCGGCCGGCCUCGCUUUACCGACUGGAGGUGCAGGUGCUGAGCACAGGUGGGGAGGGGCCGGCCGCGGCCAGAGCCUUCUGGACCCCCGACCUCCCGCCAUCUUCAGCUCACAGACCCCAUCUUAAACAUCAUCCCCAUCACUUCAAGCCUUCAGCAGAGAGAUACUAAACUGUUUGAAAGGAUUUUUGAGAUUGAAUGAAUGUACGCUUGUGGAAGUGCAACAGCUAGACGUGUGCACGGAGAGAAGCAGUAGAUAUUUCACAGACGACCUUCCGCUCCUGUGUAACUCUAACCCAGUGAGUGUUUCUGUUACUCUCAGAUAUUUCUGGAAACAAGUUGACAGUUACUCAACCAAUGAAGAUGGAGACCAAUUCCCCAUGAGAACAGGGCUAUUGAACUGUAAGUUGGCUUCCUGCGUUGGUUCUUAAGAACUCCUACUGUGGUUUGGCUAAUCUCUGCUGAAUUAUUGCAGAACGGAGGUUUUGUUGAUUUUGGAAGGGGCAAAUUCUCAAAAGAAAUUACUGUAACAAAUACACAAUUCAUUUGCGAAGUAAGCAUGAAUUUAAUCAACAAAAUACAUUUUUUAAAUUAAUGACUUAAUUUGCAAAAUCAACUGACUAUUCAACUUUUGGUCCCCAUUAUAUUAUUCAGAUCUUUUAGAAGAUAAUUUUUAGUACAUGCGAUUUUAACUGAAAAUCUGUAGCCUGAAAAAUACCAACUGUUUUAAAUCUAAAAAUGCUCCCACGUUUAGUGUCCUAAGCGUCUUUUCAUAUAAAUACAAAGGAAAAUUCAGUCUGUAAGUUGAGAUUUAUGAAACACACUAAAAAAUGGUAGGCAAGCAUUCAGUGAAUUAUGCUGCUAACCAUAUUUUGCCUAGGGGAAAUUAGAAUUCUUUUCUGGGGCUAUGUUUUAAUAUUUCAUCCUAUAAUAUAAGAGAUUUUUCUUAUAUGUUUAUGUUUUUCAAAAAGGAGAAAACAGCUUUUGGUAAACUUUGUUUUAGAGCCCUCAUACUUGAAAAUUCACAAAACCUCUUGCUUUAAAAUGGAAUUAUCUAAACUGUUGAACAUUUUUCAGAUAUUUACUGAGGCUUGCCUUUUCUUAAUCAAAGUAAGCUAUCACUGUACUAGAAUAUUCUCAGUAAUGUAAAAAAAAAAA